CGUCCUUAUCGUGGCGAACGUGGCCGCUCCGGCUCGGCCUGGGGGCGGGGCUGUAGGGAAAAGUGCUAAAGCCGCUGAGUUGAAGUAAGAAUUCUACUAGAGAGGAAAUGGCUGCCUCUUCAUCAUCCUCUUCAGCUGGUGGGGUCAGUGGAAGUUCUGUCACUGGAUCUGGUUUCAGUGUCUCAGACCUUGCCCCACCACGGAAAGCCCUUUUCACCUACCCCAAAGGAGCUGGAGAGAUGUUAGAAGAUGGUUCAGAGAGAUUCCUUUGUGAAUCGGUUUUCAGCUAUCAAGUGGCAUCCACGCUUAAACAGGUGAAACAUGAUCAGCAGGUUGCUCGGAUGGAAAAACUAGCUGGUUUGGUAGAAGAGCUGGAAGCAGACGAAUGGCGGUUUAAGCCCAUCGAGCAGCUGCUGGGGUUCACUCCCUCUUCAGGCUGAAGCUGCCCAGAUAAUCACCACUGGGGCACCACAAGUGCAGAGCCACAAAGGACUCUCCAGAUUCCAUAGCCAUCCAGAGAUUCACAGCUGCAUGGCUAAAUUGUUCAUUCACAUUCGUACUUGGUUUCUCUGUAUCUGUUAACUGACAAAAAAUACUUAAAUGUGUGAUCUUUCAGGGAA